AUGGCCGACUUUGAGCAAGAUUUUCAGAGCUUGGAGUUUGCCGAACACCCCCUGAAGGGCUCGUUUGCCCCAUAUCAGAUUCAAAUGUCGAGGUUGUGUCUGAUUCUACGGCAGGUCGUCGCGACGAGGACUGGCGAGACGAAUUUCCUUCAGAACUACAGUGGGACGGCACCUUCAAACCUACAAAUACGUCACCCGCCUCAGCGGGCGGCUCUUCGGCCUGGAACCACAGACUUGCUGGACAAUGGUGCAUCAUUCUCUACAAUUUCGGCAGCAGAGAAGAUUAUCUCUCUGAUCUACAAGAUCAUCCGCAGACGGGCACAGUUCCUCAUGCCCCAUGAAGCAUUUUCCAGACUCUUCCUUGCAGAGGUAAUGGUGUGGCUCAACGCCAGUGAGGCCUGGGACUCGGCGCCAUGGGUGUUGAAGCUCUUCGACAACUUGAUGGCCAACAUGAAGAGUGAAGGCCAGACUAGGAAGACACAACAGGGCGCACCAGAUAUGCCCCGGACUGGAGCCUCCACUCCGAUUGAAGGGCCCGUGUUCGAACAGGCCAAUGUCAAAGCGGAAGUGACUAUCCAUUUACACCUCAUCAUACAAACCGCUGCCAGCACUCACCCUAAACUAUCUGAAUGA